AUGGCUGAGCUGUCGCCUGAUGAAAUUCAACUGAGAGCCCAUCAAGUUACAGAUGAGGUAAUUAUAUUAGAUUAUUCUCUUUCUCCUGUGCUUGUGUAGUGGAAAGCAGACCUCACAUUAAAGAAAGCUAUUUAGGAUGCACAAAGCCCUAUCAUAGUAAAUGAGAUUUGCUGUCCAAAAUGGUUUCUGUACCACUGAAGAAAAAACCUCUCUCAAUACGUCAAGCUUUUAAUUUAGAAAACAAAAAUACUGUUUUCAGAAUAUUGCUAUUUGAAAUGAACAAUAUAACCGAGUAGGAUCUAUUUGGAUUCAGGAAUAUAACAUCAUGCUCAGUUACAUGAAACUCUGUAUAUAGUGUGAUUACUAAAUGUCUUUAUAAGUCCAUAUGGCUGAAGAUAGAUCUCUUUUUUGUUUUAGUCUUUGGAAAGCACAAGGAGAAUUCUUGGCCUGGCCAUUGAGGUAAGGAAAAGCUUUUGCGGGAGUGAGGGAUGAGGAAGAACAAAUCAAAUUGUUUGAGAGCAGUUCAUUCCUGCAGUUCUGUUCCCAGCUGUUGCUAUUUUUAAAGCAUGUGGGUGCCAUUAUGAGGCAUGUGUAGAUGAUGACUAUGGGUGGAACAGCUUUGAACUUUAAAUAUUUGCAUUGCUGCUGUAUUUAGGGUUCAAAUUCAAAAUAAAUUAGCUGUCAGAUACUUGCAUCUGAAUUGCUCAUCUUCUGCAAGAUUCUGAACAUACUUUUACAAAAAAUGGACUUCCUUGAGGUUUACAUGGUACUAAUGCAAAUAGUGUACUCUUCACUAGAAACUCUGUAGAAUGGCCUGUUGUAGUACAAACUUGUGUCCAAUUCUAGCAUUAGAUUUUGCUGGUUUUGUAUCUCCUAUCAUUUUUUUUCUUCCUUACAGUCCCAAGAUACAGGAAUCAAAACCCUCACCAUGCUAGAUGAACAAGGGGGUGAGUUGUGCAUGUGUAAUAAUAGAUAGAUAGAUAGAGCGAGUGAUGGCUCUUACAUUGACUUGCUCAAUAUGAUCUUUGUUGGUUUCAGCCUGAAAUACAAAACAUAGCGUAAGACUGCUACUAAACUAGAAAGAUGGAAAAAAGCUGUUUAUAUCAUGUUGUGAAUCAACCAUUUCUUCAAGAGCUGGAUUAGAAUAAGUUUGUUUGGUAGUAUUAUGGCUCGGGUUAUCUAAAAUAUAUUGCGUGCAGCAUGCAGUAUUUUUUUACUUCAGUUUUGAGACCUGAGGCAUAUGAAUAUUGUUUGUUUGUUUGUUUGUUUGUUUGUUUGUUUACCCGCCCUUCAGCUUAAGAUCCCGGGAUGAGUUGCAACCUUAAAACACAACAUUAAAAACAGUUUAAAACAAAUUACAAUAAUAAAAAAUAAGGUGCGUUCUAAAACUAUGCACCUCAAGUGUCAAAAGCCAGGGUAAACAGGUGUGUCUUCAGCAUCCUCCGGAAGCUGUAUAAUGAAGGUGCCAGAUGCACCUCUGGGGAGGAAGUUCCACAGCUUAGGGGCCUCCACAGAGAAUGCCCUCUCUUGCUCCCCCACCCCAAACCUCUGAGGGUGAAGGAACUACCGAGAGGGCCCCCUCUGCUGAACCCAGGAUCCGAGAGUGUCUGUAGGGAAGAAGGCGGUCUUUCAGAUAUUUGGGGCCUGAGUCCACCCAGGUGUGGAUACUAGUGUGAUUCACUUGCAUAUUAUUGGUAUUCAAAAAAGUUUCUCUUGCAACUCCAAAAUUACUUUUUAAUGCAUUUCCUCGGGGUUUUUUUUUUUUAAAGAAGCAUUUUGAACACAAACCAUUAAAGUUCUCAUCUGAAGAUCAAGCAUCUUGUAGCAUUUAAGUUCUCUAAAAUUCCUUUUUCUUUAUACUUUUCUUAGAACAGUUAACCCGUAUAGAAGAAGGAAUGGACCAGAUAAACAAAGACAUGAGAGAAGCUGAGAAGAACUUGACAGAGCUCAACAAGUGUUGUGGUCUCUGUGUCUGUCCUUGCAAUAGGUCAGUUAAAGGCAGGUUGAUGAAUUCCAAAAUUCAAGGCGAAAAAUUGAGGCCAUUGAGAAAUGCUCAGAAUAUCAAGAUUGGGAGUUUUUUUUAACUGGUGUGCUUUAGACUAUUUUCCCAAGUUUAAGUGGAAGUUCUAAAUUUUUAAGUAGUACAAAUUCCUUGAACCUGAUUAUGUGUAAGGGCAAAAGAAAAGGUAACAAUAAACGCUUGGAUGACCUUAGUUACCACUAUUGAAUGUUUUGCGUAUAUAUUGCUCAGUGCCAGUAUUGUUUGUUACUGUUAAAAUAAUACCUGGUUGGUAUGGUUAAGGUACAGAUUUCACACAAACACAGAGUAGGUUGUCUAGAAGCAAGGAAUAUUUGGAAAUGCUUUGAGAGCUUGGCAGGCAGGAGUAUGAUAUACAUUCUAAAUACCUAUUUUCUUCUUCCUUUUGCUAUCACAUUCUAACUCCUUUUUCCUGGAGAGUGCUUAGCUUGUUUGAGGGCUUUUGUGAUAGUUCUAAAUAUUCUUAUUUUGACGUAUGUACAUUUGAGAGAUCUUUAUGGAAUCUAUUUCAGUUUGCUUAAGUAGAGGAAGAGGGACAAUAUAACCUUCUUCUAGUAAUUUUGGGAUGGUCUGGCCUUAACACAAGUAGUGAAUACAGCACUCACAGAAUUAAGUUUCAGUACUAACCCCACUUACAUGGAAGUGACCCCCAUUGAAUUUAGUAGGAUCUUCUUCUGAGUAGACGAGGGUUGCAGUCUUAAUCGUUUUUUCCUUUUCCCUGUGUUAGGGUUAAGCUGCUUUCCCCCCCUAAACACAAACGUAAUCUCAGCUGUACUUUUGAAAUAGUUUGUUUGCUAACAACUAUUUAUCUGUUUGCUGGUCUUACUGCUCACUCUUUUCUCAUUCUCUCUCCUAACCACCCACUUUUCCUUGCUUAAUAAAAUGAAGAUUAGCAGCAGAGGUUGGAUUCGCUUAACUGGUCAAAGUGGACUUUAGAAAAAGGUCAAUCUUAUGAAGCAGCCUGUACUGUUAACCAGCUGCCUGAAGGUGAUGUUCUAACUGGGUGCAUAUAUGCAUGUGCAUGCUGUCUUAACACGCAAGCUAUUUUGUGAUGGUCCGUAGUUGUGUUUGCAUCUGUGUUAUGUCGCUUAUAGAUUGUGUUUAAACUAUUUGGUCUGGCCUCAUAAACCUGAAAUAGUCUUCUAGGAUGAUACUGUUGGAUUUUGGAUUUUGUUUUGGGGAAAAUGGUGGAUUGUAUACAGUGGGGAAAAUGUUGGAGGAAUAUUGUGAAAUGACACUAAAAGCUAACAGUGGGGGUUUUCUAGUCACCGUUAGCUCACUGCAUUUGUUUUUAGAAAUUAUUUCCCAUAUAUCUAUACCAGGGACGGGGAACCUAUAGCUCUCCAGAUAUUGUUGGACUCCAGUUCCUAUCAUGCUUGAGUGCUGACUGAGACUCAUGGGAGUUGGGAGUCCAAGAACAUCUGGAGGACCACAGAUUCCCAAUCCCUCAUGUAGUCUAUUCCGUGAAUCAUGAUCUUACAUACAACUUGUUAAAAACUCUAGUGAUGAUUUGAAUUUGGUCAUACAAUAUUAGAAUUCUGAACUACGUACUGAUACUCUAUUCAUCUGUUCCAAAAAUAUAAUGCUGGGAGAUUGUACAUUAUUUCUUCUUAAACACGCAUUGUAGUCCUAUAUCUUAGACUGUAAUUUGGUUGAUUUUCUUUAACAUAGCAGCCAUUAGUAGCAACAAGGAGGCUGAGGAGUAAGAAAACAGUUCGGAUACCAAAGCAGUUCAAGAUUUAAAUAUAACAUACAAACUUUAGAAAAAUAAAAUGGUUGUGUUUAUUUUUGUAUAAGGUUGCUUCCAGUGUGAAGUUAUAUGUCUUAAAUUCACUUGCUAUAUGACAUUUUUGGUGCACACACAAAGCUCAGUGCAAAUGUAAAGAAUGUGUAUUUGAAAACAUGAACACACAUCAGGAAGUCAGGAUUGGUUGGGUCUCGCUAUGGCAUUUUCUGUGGCAAACCUGGGGCUAUUACUCUGUCAUGUAUGAAACCAUCCUUUCUAUUACUAGUUAUAUUGCACAUUAGGUUUGUUAAAACUUUGUAUCUUUGAUGUAAUAAUGUGCGUUCUGACUCUUCUUGUAGAACAAAGAAUUUUGAGACUAGCAGAGCUUACAAGACAACAUGGGGUGAUGGUAUAGAGAAUGAUCGUGUAGUGUCUAAACAACCAGGGCGUGUUGCAAACAAUCUGCAACAAAAUUCAGGAGGAACAACAUCUGGAGGCUACAUAAAACGGUAAGAUACAUCUCCUGCCCACUCCUGAAUAUUUAUAGGACUAAAUGCUUUUUUCUGCAAUAGUAGUGACUGCAUUUUGUAAGCUUAAGGACAAACCUUUUGGCCUGGUCCACACAAUCAAAUUUUUGCUUCAUUAGCCAGGAUAUACAUAAGCUCCAUGCAGUUGCACACAGCUGCCGUGCUCCCGAUUCACUUUUCCCUUUGUGUGAGUGGGGGAAACAAGCCAAGAAGCCAUAGUUAACCACAGCAUCUCAUUACUUUUGAAGCAGGAACUAUGGUUAAUGAAUUCCAAACAAUUCAGAAUAUGAAGUCAUGUUUUAAAGCUGACUUGUGAAUCCUGGCUUGACUGGAAGCCAUUAAUCACCCAAUUUAUAACUAGAAGCUGUGGUUAACUACCAUUUCUGGAAUCUUUUCUACUUUGCACCAAGGGGCUUUCCACAGGUUUACAGAGCUGCUGAUUUGAUCAUUCAAACAUGGCUAUUCUGUGUAAUUCAUGAGAUCAUUCUCAGACACUUCUAGUAGAUCUAUAGUGUCUCUAGGUGAUUAUAUCACUUUCUGAUUCAAUUUUUCAAACAAACUUGCGUAGAAACCUCCAUGGCAGAAAAUACUUCUGAAAACUUGGGAUGCGAUAACAUUCGGGAGACAGGAACUUGGGAUUUCUCAAUGUUGGUUUCCCUUGAUACUUUCAACAGGAUAACAAAUGAUGACAGAGAAGAUGAAAUGGAAGAAAACCUAACUCAAGUUGGAAACAUAUUGGGGAACCUGAAAAAUAUGGCCGUGGAGAUGGGCAACACAAUUGAUACACAAAACCAGCAGAUAGAUCAGAUAAACAUUAAGGUAAGAAACAAAGAAUUCAACUAUUGAUGUCUUAAUGUUGGUAAAUCUAGUGUCCAGGUGAACAAGUUAAUAAGUCUUCAAGGCCACAGUGCUAAGCUGUAGCCAGAUACACUGUGUACUUUUGUUAUAUUUGUUGUUGUUUUAGUUUUCUACACACCACUUAAAUAUAUUUUUAUAUAUUGUGAUAGAGAAGUGGUCUAAACAAAAACACAUUCCAAUUUAGCAACAGGCUAUAGCCGUUUAGCAUGCAUGAGUUAAUAUCCUUGUACCCAGAUGAUGGGUCCUGCAGCUAGAUAGGAUUAAACCUGAUCUCAUGGCAAACUCUCCUGGUUGUGGUCCUUACAUAUAGAAACAGUGAUUAUCUCAGAAUUCUUGUCCCACUGUUCUGGAUUCUUUUGUAGCACUCGGUGUAGAAAAUUAUGAUAAACAUUAUAUUGAUAGGCUGAGAUAUAAUAUUCCACAUGCCUUAGAUUUUUAAUCCCAAUGUUAAGCAGCAACAAAAAUAAGACAACUGAAAGCAAGGUACAUUUUCGAGAAAUCAUGGAAAGGAACCUCUGUUCAACUCUGUGCUGGAAUUGUUUUGGUUUGUUUUUUUACCAGUUUUUACAUUAAUGAGAGAUAAAUGCACAAAUCAGAGCUACCAUAGUUAUUUAGGAACAUGAUAUAAGACCUGGAAAACCUUGAUACAGAUCUCCUGAGUUAUGAAUACAAUUAAGUGACUGUGGUUUAUACAAAAGAAUACAGCACUAUUUCCCUGCCUUGGCUUCUCCCAUGCUCCCAGUAAUAGGGGUGUGAGAAUACUGGCCUACUUUACUUAGCUGAAGAUUGCUCUUUAUUAUAUAUGUGUGCUACAUAUUUCCUAAUAAUUUGAUUAUAUCACAAUUACUGCCACUAAACAGUUAACUGAAUAGGAAGGUUUAGCUGCUUUUGGAAAACACUCUGGCGUAGUUUGGGUUGGACUUCCUUGAAGCAGGGUGUGCCAAAUAUGGAGAGUGGUCCCAAGAUUGUCUCCCAUCAUGGUUUUGCUGUUCUUAACAUACAGCAGAUCAUGGAGAAGGAAGUUGGCUCAGAUACGUAAGGCCCAACCCCUUUAGGUCUUCGCAUUGAUGAAAAUGAGUACAUUGAAUUUUGCUCUUCUAGAACACUUCUAGAAGCCAGCUUAAAUCCUAAACUGCUGGUGUAAUAGUCAGCCAGUGGCCAGUACACCCAGGAUCCAAAGCAUUUCUUCCAGUACUUUAAGCAUAUCUUCAUUGGUAGGUGGUAUUUGCUCUAAAUUCUGAAUGAGUUGCAGGAGUGAAAGGCUUUUCUGCUCAGAUGGCUUCAAGCACCACUUAACUACUGACUCACCAUAAUAUCAAUCUUAUUCUGAGCCAGCUCCUGAAGAAUUGGUUGAAUCACAGUAUGAUAUAGUUUGUUUUCAUCUUUCUAGUUUAGUUAGCAGUCUUAUGCUAUAUUUUGUAUUCCAGGCUGAAACCAACAAAGAUCGUAUUGAGCAAGCCAAUGUAAAAGCCAAAAAACUAAUUGAAAAUUAG